AUUGUCGGCCUAACAAUUUUAACAUUUCGAAGUAGUGAUAUCCAUUUAAAAAAGAAAGAGGCUCGAGUCAACUUUUCUAAGUAUUAUUUUAAUUACAAACUACUGUACAACAUUUUAUUUUGCAUACAAGUAUGAAAUUAAGGGUAUCAACUCACGCGGCUGGUAUAAAAACUUGCGAUGUUUUAUUGAUAAGUUUGUUUUGAAAAAAUUAAUAAUCAAAUCUUUGAGAGUUAAUUAAAAUACGUUACCGUAUUUUAACGCUUAUUAUUAUAGUAUGAAAAACAUAUUCGGUAUAAUUAAGGUUACCCCGAUAAAUGUGUAAGUGGGGUUAGAAAGGGAAAGGUUAUAGAUAGGAACAACACUUUGAUACAGCGGAAAAGAAAAUAGGAACAACACAGAUAGACAAAGGGAGAAUUUAAAAAUUUUGAAAAGGAAAAAUAUUGUUAUAAUUAACAAGAGAAGAAGACUUUAUUUUUUAACUAAAUCUCUAUUCUCUUUAGAAUAAUGCUAUAAACAUCCCUAAGGGUUCGUUGUAUAUAAUAUAUAUCAAACGAGCAUUUUAGCCUAACGGGCUAUAAAAUUGGACAAAAAAUAUGUGUUUCUUUGUCGUUAUUUUUAAUGCUUUCUUCUUGAAAAAAAUGAUGAGUUUUAAAUGAAAAAGAAAGACUACUCCAGAGGUGUUGUAUAUUAUGUCCUCCACUACAUUGAGACGUUUCUAACAUAUACGCACAUGAAUAUACAUAUUUCUCUUACUUAUAAAUUAUUAACAUUGCUCAAAAUGGUUUAUGUUAAACUCCUCAAAAAAAAAAAAAAAAAAAAAGAAAGGUUUCGGUUAAUAGUGCAAAAUGUCAAAAUAAGGCAUUUAUUCAUAAACAGUGGGAAUAAAUAAAAAGUGUAUAUAUUAACUAACGGAGAAAAUAUUAGUAAUAGCCCUGGGGUUUAGGAAAGAAUGGUGUUGAGCUUAAUAGUUAUUUAAAAUUUUAAUAAUGUACUCACCUUAAAUCUGAAGAUAUAAUUAAAAAAAAUUGACCAAUUGAUCUAGAGUCAUAAUAAUUAAUCAUUUAAAGAGAUCCUAAUUUAUCUAUAUAAACUACUCCAUAAUUUGCAAUUGACAACACAAAACAACGAACAUACAAACACAUCAGUCAAGUUCAUUACCUCGUUGUCUAAAGUUCAAGCUUUGCAAUUAGACAUGAAGGAAUGGAAAGGCAGAAACUACAGUUUCGAAUUCACUGAUCCAAGUAAACCAGUUAGGACAUUCAGAACACGAAGGCCUUGCCACUUCAUCUUUGAAAUCGACAACUAUAAACAGCUUGUAGAAUCAAUGGAAAUAGCCAACCUGAAAUAUUUCGAGACACCCGAUUUUACAGUUGGCGAUGAGAAAUGGAGUAUGUGCAUCUAUCCUAACGGAAAUAAGGAAAGGCAAGGGAGUGAUUAUGUGUCUCUAUACUUGAAGAGGCUUAAGAGUGCCGGUCGAAGCAAAGAAGCUAAUGCUUCGAUGAAAUUUUUCAUAUUGGAGCAAAAUUCAGAUGAGUAUCUUGUCAUUGAAGAUUUGGGAGAAAAGCAUUUUGAUGUCCGAGGAAGAAAGUGGGGAAUCGCACAGGCUAUCGCGCUGGAUGAUUUUACAGAUAAAGACAAUGGAUUUCUAGUUGAUAACACUUGUACCUUUGGAGCCGAGGUUUUUAUUACAAGUGCUGAGCCUAGUUACUCGAAGAUGUCGCUAGUCAAUUCCAUUUCCAAAAAUGUAUUUGAAAUUGGUAUUAAAUUUGAUAUCGAAAGUGAUUAUUAUGAUUCUACUACCUUCACCGCUACAUUAGAUGGAAAUACUUACACCUGGAAACUGCGGUUAUACCUAACUGGACAUUCUGAGGGAACUGACUCUCAUGUAUCGCUGUAUCUGAUUCUUGUGGAUAUCAACAAGCUUUCCAAUGGAAGGAGCAUGUUGGUUAAUUUUCAAUUAAGUUUAAAAAAUAAAAGUACUGGAUCGUACUCUUAUUCCAUGCCAGCUGCCCUUGACUGGUACCAUACCAAAAAGGAUUCAUCGGGCUAUUCUAAGUUUAUUGAAAGAGAAGCCUUUUUUAAUUCGACAACCAAAUAUGAUUAUUUACAAACUGCAAAUGUGAAAGUCCAAUUCAAAAGUGUCUUUAUUCUCAAUGACGUUGAUGAAUAAGAUGUUCACAACCACCAUCGAUGCAUACUCUUCAUUUGUAUUGAAUGUUUUUUGGUUGUAAUCAUCGAGUAUGUAUGAAACGAACCAAGGUCUCUUACACAAGGCAUAUUGUGUUAUCCCUAAACGCUUUCUGUAGAGUUACAUGGUUUUACCUUACUCUUAAAGUAAGGGUUUUACAUGUAAUUUCCUUCAUUUCAAUUAAAUUAUAUUAAAUUAUUGUAUUUGUUACCACGUGAUUAUGAAAUAAUUAUGAUGUUGGGAUAUUUACUUCACUAUUAAAUGAUAUGAUAACCUUUUUCAUAGUUGUGAUUUUGUUUUUUUGGUAUUACUUAAGGUAUUUUUUAUAUAUUCUUCUCCGGUUGUAACAUUCAUUGGCUAUAAAUACUAGCUUAAUUCCCGUGCAAUGCACGGUUUUACCAAAAUUUGUAAAGAUAUACAACAAUUCUAUACAAAUUAUUCUCUUAUAAAAAGUAUCAUAAAGAUCCAUAUUUUCUAAAAUUUUCUAUUCAAUAAAUUUUAGCUUGCACCCGUAUGAUAUACAAUAUGAAUAUGACCACUCAAAUGCAAAGUAAAUCAAAUUUUCAAGAAUGGAGCGAGGGAGAUUAUUCAGAAACAUUUUUUAACAAUAACUUGUUCUUUAGCUUGUUAUACACACUGGCGUGCAUAAGUUAUCAUUUAUACUUAAACUAAUAAAUUACUUAAAUCACUUUAUUAUUUUACUUUGCUUUUGACAUUUUAAAAAUCUGGCUUAAAAAUUAUAUAAUCAAAUGAUCUAAUUGUAUGAUAAUUAAUCAAUAAUUCGUAUUAAAAAAAAAAAAAAAAAAAAACUAAACUAAAUAUCAAGCUCUUUUUAUAAUUCUAUUUUUCUUACGUCAAAUAUAAAUUUUUUCUUUACCAAAACUAUUUCUCUUAGAGGGCGCUUAAUACCUUGAAAUUAAUGGCCCAAUGAUAUGGAAGCAAUGUUAUACUAUGUAAUUACCAUAAUAAUCUUUAUUACAUGAAUCUCUAUAUUUUUCAUAACAAAUUCAAAUUUUCCCUUCUUUGCAACCUCACUCUUAUCCUGUUCAAUCAUCAUCUUUAUUAUAGUAAAAAUUUACAUAGAAUAUUGAGAGAUAAAUCUCUACUUUUUUUUUUUCUUGGAACUUAGCUAGUGAUAAGAUAAAAGUUUGUAUGGAAAUUUGUAUUUAUAUUAGAGAUUGGGGGAGAUAAUUGGUCAAUGAUUUAAAUAAUGAAUGUGAUGAAAUGGAAU